AUGAAGGUUACGAGAAAAAAAGAUAUGAGAAUAAUUCAUAUUUUGGAAAAUUAUUUAAAAGAGGAAGAACAAAAUGAAGAUUUCAUUAAAAAUGUAGAUAAUAUUGAAAUAGAAGAUUAUAAGAUGGAUAAGGAAAAUCAAUCUCCAAUUAUAAAAAAUUCCA